CCGGGGCCGGGGGCGGGUUCCUCGUCCCCGAGGCCGGACAGCGGAGCGGGCGGCCGGGGCCCCCGGAGGCGAGUCGGAGGCGGCGGAGGCGAUGGAAGAGGCCGACGGGGAGGCGUGGGGCAGCGAAGCCCUCUCGGGGCCUGGUGCCGGCGGCGCGACCCGCGAGCUGUGCCGGAGUUUCGGCCGCUACCGCCGCUACCUGGGCCGGCUGCGGCAGAACCUGCGCGAGACCCAGAAGUUCUUCCGCGACCUGCAGCGCGCCCCGGGCCCGAGCCGCCCCUCCUCCCCCGCGGGCGGCCGAGCGGCCGAGCGCGGCCCAGCCGGAGACGUCGCGGACGGCGGGCUGCCGGCGGCGGGUCAGCUGAGCUGCAUUACCUUCCCACCUAAUGAAGAGAAGUACCUUCAGCAGAUCGUGGACUGCCUCCCCUGCAUUGUGAUCCUGGGCCAGGACUGUAAUGCCAAGUGCCAGCUGCUGAAUCUGCUCUUGGGGCUGCAGGUGCUUCCUACCACCAGGCCGGGCAGCAAGAAGACUUGUAAGUUGCGGCGUCUCCGCUUCACCUAUGGGACUCAGACUCGGCUCAGCCUGGCACUCCCGGGCCAGUAUGAACUAGUGCACACGUUGGUUGCUCAUCAGCAUAAGUGGGAGACGAUCCCUGAGGAGGACCUGGAAGUCCAGGAGGACUGUGGAGAUGACGCUCAUGUUUUAGCAGAACUGGAGGUGAUGAUGCACCAUGCUCUCUUACAGGAAGUGGACAUUGUAGUAGCACCAUGCCAAGGCCUGCGGCCCACAGUGGAUGUUUUGGGUGAUUUGGUGAAUGAAUUCUUACCUGUGAUAACCUAUGCACUCAACAAAGAUAAACUCUCUGAAAGAGAUGAACAAGAACUUCAGGAAAUCCGAAAGUAUUUCUCUUUUCCAGUAUUCUUUUUCAAAGUGCCGAACCUGAGCUCAGAGGUCAUUGACUCUUCUGGAAGAAUGGAGAAUGAAAGAUCCCCACUUUAUCACCAGCUGAUUGACCUGGGCUACCUGAGCAGUAGUCAUUGUAACCGGGGGACACCCACCCAAGACACCAAAGCUCAGAGUAUGUUGGUAGAGCAAAGUGAGAAGCUGAGACACUUGAGUACGUUUUCUCACCAAGUGCUCCAGAUGCGCCUGGUGGAUGCAGCCAAGGCUCUGAACCUGGUGCACUGCCACUGCCUUGACAUUUUCAUUAACCAGGCCUUUGACAUGCAGCGGGACCUGCAAAUUACUCCCAAACGUCUGGAAUACACUAGAAAAAAGGAGAACGAAUUAUAUGAAUCAUUGAUGAACAUUGCCAACCGAAAGCAGGAGGAAAUGAAAGACAUGAUUGUUGAGACACUUAACACUAUGAAGGAGGAACUUAUUGAUGAUGCUGCCAAUAUGGAAUUUAAAGAUGUCAUUAUUCCUGAGAAUGGAGAACCUGUGGGCACCAGAGAGAUUAAAUGCUGCAUCCGCCAGAUCCAGGAACUCAUCAUCUCCCGGCUGAAUCAGGCAGUGGCUAACAAGCUCAUCUGCUCGGUGGAUUACCUUCGUGAGAGCUUUGUUGGAACACUAGAAAGGUGUCUGCAGAGCCUUGAGAAGUCCCAUGAUGUCUCCAUUCACAUCACCAGUAAUUAUCUCAAACAGAUCUUAAAUGCUGCCUAUCAUGUUGAAGUCACAUUUCAUUCAGGGUCUUCAGUGACGAGGAUGCUGUGGGAGCAAAUCAAACAGAUCAUUCAGCGCAUCACGUGGGUGAGCCCACCUGCUGUCACUAGGGAAUGGAAGAGGAAGGUGGCCCAGGAAGCCAUUGAGAGCCUCAGUGCCUCCAAGCUGGCCAGGAGCAUCUGCAGCCAGUUCCGUGCUCGGCUCAAUAGUUCUCAUGAGGCAUUUGCAGCCUCUCUGCGGCAGUUGGAAGCUGGCCACUCAGGUCGGCUAGAGAAGACUGAAGACCUAUGGUUGAAGGUCCGGAAAGAUCAUGCACCACGCCUGGCUCGCCUUUCUCUGGAGAGCCGUUCUUUGCAGGACGUCUUGCUGCAUCGUAAACCUAAACUGGGACAGGAACUGGGUCGGGGCCAAUAUGGUGUGGUAUACCUGUGUGACAACUGGGGGGGACACUUUCCUUGUGCCCUUAAGUCAGUUGUCCCUCCGGAUGAGAAGCACUGGAAUGACCUGGCUUUGGAGUUCCACUACAUGAGAUCUCUGCCAAAGCAUGAGCGAUUAGUGGAUCUCCAUGGCUCAGUCAUCGACUAUAGCUACGGAGGUGGCUCCAGCAUUGCAGUGCUGCUCAUCAUGGAACGGCUGCACCGGGACCUGUACACUGGCCUGAAGACUGGACUGACCCUGGAGAAACGUUUGCAGAUAGCACUAGAUGUGGUAGAAGGAAUUCGCUUCCUGCACAGCCAAGGCCUUGUCCACCGUGAUAUCAAACUCAAAAAUGUACUGCUGGACAAACAGAACCGUGCCAAGAUCACUGACUUAGGAUUCUGCAAGCCGGAAGCCAUGAUGUCAGGCAGCAUUGUGGGGACACCGAUUCACAUGGCCCCUGAACUUUUCACAGGGAAGUAUGAUAACUCCGUGGAUGUCUACGCUUUUGGCAUUCUUUUCUGGUAUAUCUGCUCAGGCUCUGUCAAGCUCCCUGAGGCAUUUGAGAGGUGUGCCAGCAAAGACCAUCUCUGGAACAAUGUGCGGAGAGGGACUCGCCCUGAACGCCUCUCUGUGUUUGAUGAGGAGUGCUGGCAGCUGAUGGAAGCCUGCUGGGACGGGGACCCCUCUCAGAGACCUCUUUUGGGCAUUGUCCAGCCCAUGCUCCAAGGCAUCAUGAACCGUCUAUGCAAGUCACAUUCUGAGCAGCCAAACAGAAAUUUAGAGGAUUCGACUUGAAAGCAAAGACCUCUUUUAUUCUUAUUUCUUUCCCUCACCUUUUGGCCAUGGGAGAGUUUGACAUUGUUUCAUAGGAGCUCCUAAGGAAGUGAGGCUUGUUGGACACUGGGAGCCUCUUCCAUGCAGGGCUGCUUUGGCAGCUGAGGAAGAGGAUGCAGUGAUUCACUGACAGCCAGACUGUCCCCUUAGCCGAGGACUAACGAGGACAUACUAAAAGCUGAUAAUGCAGUGCUCUGGCCUUGGAACUGAAAGCCCUAUGCUCCUGUGAUCUGGUCACUGUAUGUUUCUAGAACAGGGGUCCCUGCAAUGGCAUUGGUAUUAGAAGUUAUCAUUUUUAUAAUUAUAACUG